AUGGAAUAAACAGAACGGAGUCAAACAUGUGGUUUCCAUAUGUUUGAUCUAUUUGAUACCGUUCCAUUGAUUCCAUUCCAGCCAUUAGAAUGAGCCCAAAAAGCAUGAACAUGUUAGUACUUCAGGGACUGCAAACGGUCAGACAUCAGUCUCUCUCGCUCUCUCUCCCUCACUCACUCUCACUCAGUCACCGACUGGUUCUGGGGAGUGGAGUUAGAUGGAACUCAGUGGCGCUAUAGCCGAGGUCACCAGUUUGGUCUGUCUUCCUCCUACACCACAACAGAACUGACAGAAAAGCAUCCACACAAGGAAGUCACCACCCAAUCCAUUCACUUCAAGUGAGAGCCUCAAGAUCUCAGAGCUAACCCCUGACCUAUAAGAGAUGGAUGGAUGGGACAAGCCUGUAGGGGCCAUGAUGUCCGAAGACAAUGGCAGCACCCCCACAUUACCUCUGGUCAACCAGUCCUGUGCGGACCGGAAGUGCUAUAUGGUUCUGCAUGAGGUGGAGAAGACAGCCAUCAGCUCCAUCUGUUUCCUGGCCGGACCCUUCACUUUCCUGGAGAAUGCGUUGGUCCUGGGUGUGAUCGCCGCCACCGCCACCCUGCGCCAGCGUCCCUCCUACCUUUUCAUUGGCAGCCUGGCCCUGGCCGACGUCUUUGCCAGCUGCUUCUUCACCACCAGCUUCCUGGACUUCCACCUGUUCCACCGCCUUGACGGCCCCAACGCCUACCUCUUCAAGCUGGGCGGGGUGACGAUGGCGUUCACCGGCUCGGUGGGAAGUCUUCUGUUGACUGCUCUGGACCGCUAUCUGUGUAUACAUCAGGCGUUGAGUUAUAAAGUGGUGUUGACGCGCCGCAGGGCCCUGUUGGCUCUCCUUGCCCUGUGGAGCGCCACCAUCCUCAUCUCCUUCCUCCCUCUGAUGGGCUGGAGGUGCCCCACAGGGCUCAGCCCACCCUGCUCGCGCCUCUUCCCAUACAUCGACCACCGCUACCUGGCCUGCUGGGUCAGCUUCAUCCUGGUGCUGCUGUCACUCAUCCUGGGCGCCUACGCCCUGAUCCUGUGGAGGGCCAACCGGCAUGAGGCAUCCAUGACGGGCCACCAGAGGGUGCCUACCCGUGGUCAGGCCCGCAUGCGGCUGGACAUUCGGUUGGCACGUACCCUGGGCCUGAUUCUGCUCAUCAUGGUGGGCUGUUGGCUGCCGACCCUCUCCUUCAUGCUGGCAGACGUCUCGGUGCAGCUUGUGCGCAUUCAGCAGAGGGCCUUUGCUUUCUGCAGCACCAUGUGCCUGGUCAACUCAGCCAUCAACCCACUGCUGUAUGCCCUGCGCUGCCGGGAGCUGAGGUUGGCACUGAUGCGGCUAUUGGGGCGCCUGAGUGACAGGCUGGGGUGCUGCCAGAGGCACGUAGGGGGAGACACGACCACUACCCUUCCCUUAGGCGAGAGCAAUAGCUGUAGCGCUCACUCCGAGAGUGAGGCGCCCAGACUCGUUAGCUGCCGACCGAACACAGUCUCAGAAAUGGUUGGCAAGCAGCAGCUGGACAUGACUGGAAUAUGAGAAGGGUUGAGAGGCUUACCAUAUAUCAGGGUUAUAGCAGUGUUGUGAACUUGUGUUUCUUCUGUUGUGUUCAUAGCGAUAAGGAGGUAAUGUCUCUAAACUGUGAUAACAGGGACAAAAACAAAGAUAUCGACCAUGUUACCAUAAAUUGUGCUGACCCACCUACAAGCCAAGUCAAUCAGAGAUAAUAUUAUUUUAUUAUUUGUCCAAGGUACAUGAUAGAUUUAUUAUUAUAAUUGUUUUUACAAUGUGAAAUAUCCCAAAUGAACACCUUUGGGAAAACAACAGCAUUGUUGGGGUUGGCAGUGUAAAUGUAGAUAGCGAUGCUAUCCUAUGCUUGUUUUCGCUUGAGUGUCUGUCCUUUAGCGUCCAGAAGAGGAUCCUGACGGGUUCCCAUCUGCACAUAAAUACCUGUCCUGAAUAGAGGCCCUGUGGUUGUAAACAAUGUCCUCCACAUUGUGACUGCAAGCAGUGUUGAGAUCAGAGGUGUAGGAAAGGCAGAGCCUGGGUGGGUCCAAUCAGAACAAAAGAAGUCCACUCAGAUUUUAUAUUAUUUAUUUUAAAAAAUGUAUGUUUUUUUUAUGCUCUUUUCUCAGUGUUCCAAAUGGAACAUAGUGUUUGCAUAUUUAGGUAAAAAGACAAUCAGAAUUCAUAGCAAGCAGUACACUGGGUUAGUCAGAUUUGAUUAAAUAUAACGGAACAGAUGACAUGGAAUGACAUCACAUGCCAAAAAGAACUGAAAGCCACACCCCCAAUGAGCAACGCAUAUGACUGCAUUGAGGCAUAUGUCACUGUGCUUCUAUGGCUACAUGCACCAUGCCACUACCUAUUUCAUUUGUUCAUUUAGCAAACAAGACAGCUCAUAAUCCAGUGCCUUUAUUAGUCAACACACCUAUAUGUUAGCUUUAAAAAUCCUACAUUUUCUCUCAGCUUCAUGGCAAAAUGUGUAGAAUAGCAUGAGAUGAGCUCUAAAAAAACUGCACAUGUUCCUCUCUAUCCUAUGGCAAAAUGUGUAGAAUUGCAGGAAAUUUUCUUUAAAACAGCAACAUGCCAAAAUGUGUAGAAUAGCAUGAGAUUAGCUAUAAACUGCACAUUUGUCUCUGUUCCAUGGCAAAAUGUAUAAAAUAAAAUUGGGGGCCCAGACAAAUUUCUGCAGGCCCACCCAACAACAAAUUUCUGGCUAAGCCACUGGUUGAGAUAAGUGGGGCACAGGUCAGAAAGAUAGAGUCACACAACACAGAGACUAGAACACUUUUUUUCUAUAGAACACUACAAAUGGCAACUACAGUUCACAAGUAAUUUCAGUAGAUCCAUCACAAAACAAUCGAACACAAAGGUAGAUGUUUUGUCUUGUAGAUAGUCUAAGUUAAAUAAAAUCAAAAUAACAUUUGAACGGUUUUUGCUUACUUACGGGUCCUUUUCCAACAAUGCAGAUUAUUUUUUUAUUUGUAUUUAUUUUAUUGAUACGAGAAAUAAAUAUGCAGUGAAUAACAAUAACGGGUUACAAUGAGUCAAUGUGCAUGGGUACUAGUCUAAGCUCUAAGCCAUUUAAAGUAAUGCCUGGGUAUACAUAUACACUGCUCAAAAACAUAAGGGAACACUUAAACAACACAAUGCAACUCCAAGUCAAUCACACUUCUGUAAAAUCAAACUGUCCACUUAGGAAGCAACACUGAUUGAUAAUAAAUGUCACAUGCUGUUGUGCAAAUGGAAUAGACAACAGGUGGAAAUUAUAGGCAAUUAGCAAGACACCUCAAUAAAGGAGUGGUUCUGCAGGUGGUGACCAUAGACCACUUCUCAGUUCCUAUGCUUCCUGGCUGAUGUUUUGGUCACUUUUGAAUGCUGGCGGUGCUUUCACUCUAGUGGUAGCAUGAGAUGGAGUCUACAACCCAAACAAAUGGCUUAGGUAGUGCAGCUCAUCCAGGAUGGCACAUCAAUGCGAGCUGUGGCAAGAAGGUUUGCUGUGUCUGUCAGUGUAGUGUCCAGAGCAUGGAGGCGCUUCCAGGAGACAGGCCAGUACAUCAGGAGACGUGGAGGAGGCCGUAGGAGGGCAACAACCCAGCAGCAGGACCACUACCUCCGCCUUUGUGCAAGGAGGAGCAGGAGGAGCACUGCCAGAGCCCUGCAAAAUGACCUCCAGCAGGCCACAAAUGUGCAUGUGUCUGCUCAAACGGUCAGAAACAGACUCCAUGAGGGUGGUAUGAGGGCCCGACGUCCACAGGUGGGGGUUGUGCUUACAGCCCAACACCGUGCAGGACGUUUGGCAUUUGCCAGAGAACACCAAGAUUGGCAAAUUUCGCCACUGGCGCCCUGUGCUCUUCACAGAUGAAAACAGGUUCACACUGAGCACCUGACAGACGUGACAGAGUCUGGAGACGCCGUGGAGAAUGUUCUGCUGCCUGCAACAUCCUCCAGCAUGACCGGUUUGGCGGUGGGUCAGUCAUGGUGUGUGGUGGCAUUUAUUUGGGGGACCACACAGCCCUACCAACCAGCAAGAAUUCCAGCUCUCACAGACCUGUUAGUUUUUCUUUAAGAAGCCCCCCUGUUCUCCACUCAUUACCUGUAUGAACUGCACCUGUUUGAACUCGUUACCUGUAUAAAUGACACCUGUCCACACAACAGACUCCAACCUCUCCACAAAGGCCAAGACCAGAGAGCUGUGAUAAAAUUGUAGACCUGCACAAGGCUGGGAUUGGCUACAGGACAAUAGGCAACCACUGUUGGCGCAAUUAUUUGAAAAUGGAAGAAGUUCAAGAUGACUGUCAAUCACCCUCGGUCUGGGGCUCCAUGAAAGAUCUCACCUCGUGGGGCAUCAAUGAUCAUGAGGAAGGUGAGGGAUCAGCCCAGGACUACACGGCAGGACCUGGUCAAUGACCUGAAGAGAGCUGGGACAACAGCCUCAAAGAAAACCAUUAGUAACACACUACGCCAUCAUGGAUUAAAAUGCUGCAGCACACGCAAGGUCCCCCUGGUCAAGCCAGCGCAUGUCCAGGCCUGUCUGAAGUUUGCCAAUGACCAUCUGGAUGAUCCAGAGGAGGAAUGGGAGAAGGUCAUGUAGUCUGAUGAGACAAAAAUAGAGCUUUUUGGUCUAAACUCCACUCGCCGUGUUUGGAGGAAGAAGAAGGAUGAGUACAACUCCAAGAACACCAUACCAACUGUGAAGCAUGGAGGUGGAAACAUCAUUCUUUGGGGAUGCUUUUCUGCAAAGGGGACAGGUCGAGUGCACCGUAUUGAGGGGAGGAUGGUUGGCGCCAUAUAUCGCAAGAUCUUGGUCAACAACCUCCUUCCCUCAGUAAGAGCAUUGAAGAUGGGUCGUGGCUGGGUCUUCCAGCAUGACAAUGACCCGAAACACACAACCAGGGCAACUAAGGAGUGGCUCCGGAAGAAGCAUCUCCAGGUCCUGAAGUAGCCUAGCCAGUCUCCAGACCUGAACCCAAUAGAACAUCUUUGGAGGGAGCUGAAAGUCCGUAUUGCCCAGCGACAGCCCCGAAACCUGAAGGAUUUGGAGAAGGUCUGUAUGGAGGAGUGGGCCAAAAUCCCUGCUGUAGUGUGUGCAAACCUGGUCAAGAACUACAGGAAACGUAUGAUCUCUGUAAUUGAAAACAAAGGUUUCUGUACCAAAUAUUAAGUUCUGCUUUUCUGAUGUAUGAAAUACUUAUGUCAUGCAAUAAAAUGCUAAUUAAUUACUUAAAAAUCAUACAAUGUAAUUUUCUGGAUUUUUGUUUUAGAUUCCGUCUCUCACAGUUGAAAUGUACCUAUGAUAAAAAAAUGACAGACCCCUACAUGCUUUGUAAGUUGGAAAACCUGCAAAAUCGGCAGUGUAUCAAAUACUUGUUCUCCCCACUGUAUAUAUAUAUAUAUACGUAUAUAUAUUUUUUCUUCAUAUCCCUUAAAUAGUCAAUCGAUUUAUUCUCUUCAGCUCCCAGUCUCCUGUUAAAGUGACAAACUGCACUGCUUCCAAGACAAUUGUAUUUACUUUGCAGCCUUUGAAACAACUGUUGUGUGUUUAUAGUCCCACCUCCCUCAAGAGGACAAUCCUUCUGAACACAGAUGACAGGCUGGAGACAGGGAGUCUGCCAUUUCAGGUCAGAGAACAGUUGAAAAAAAGGACAGACAGCAUGGUUUAUGUGAGGGGGUGAGAUGGCAGAGACUAGAUUGAGAGAGAUACUGAGUCAUUUCUGGGAAACAAUUAAGGACCUUACUGUGAUUAUUUUUGACCAUUUUAAAUGAAAAUAAACAAAUAGCUUCUUACCAAAGAACAAUUUCUCAAGCAAGAUUUUUGCAACGACUGUCUGGCAGUGGUCUGAGUGGGAAGGGGAAAACUGAAAACUAGCUCUUAUUGGCAGAGAGGUUUCAAACUCUCUUUCUUAUAGAUGGGUUGUCUGACAAUGUCACAAAUUAUGCGCAGGCAUUGAUGUGGCCAGAAUGACUGGAAGAUAUUGCUCUCCAUAGCAGAAACGACUGGGUGAUCCCGCACUGCUUGUUUCAAGCAGACCACAAUAGACCUCGCCCAUGAACACCAAGGUAACCUACCUAAAUGACUACCGCCCACAUAGCACUCACAGCUAUAGCCACGUCGAAAGGCUAGUUUGACUCACAUCAACAUCAUCUUCCCAGACACCUCCAAUUCGCACACCACCCCAACAGAUCCACAGAUGACGCAAUCUCUAUUACACUCCACACAACCUUCACCCACCUGGACAAAAGGAAUACCUACUUUAUGUAAGAAUGCUGUUCAUUGAUUACAACUCAGCAUUCAACACCAUAGUCCCCUCCAAGCUCAUCAUCAAGCUCUGGACCAUGGGACGGAACAUCUACCCCUGCAACUGGAUCCUGUACUUCCUGACGGGCCGCCCUCACUGCCUGAGAGGGUAGGCAACAACACAUCUGCAACGAAGGCCAUCAACACGGGGGCCCCUCAAGGGUGUGUGCUUAGUCCCCUGCUGUACUCCCUGUUCACCCACAACUGUGUGGUCGCACAUAACUCCAACACCAUCAUCAAGUUUGCUGACGAAACGACAGUGGUAGGACUAAUCAACAACGACGAGGCAGCCUUCAGUGAGAAGGUCAGAGACCUAAAAGUGUGGUGCUAGGACAGCAACCUCUACCUCAACAUCAGCAAGACAAAGGAGCUAAUCGUAGACUACAGGAAAUAGAGGGGCAAGCACGCCCCCAUCCACAUCGAUGGGGCUGUAGUGGAGUGGGUCGAGAACGUUCAAGUUCCUCUGUGUUUACAUCACUAAGGAAUUAACAUGGUCUAAACACACCCACACCAUUGUGAAGAAGGAAUGACAGUGCCUUUCCCCUCUCAGGAGGCUGAAAAGAUUUGGCAUGGGCUCUCAGAUCCUCAAAAAGUUCCACAGCUGCACCAUUGAUAGCAUCUUGACUAGCUGCAUCACCACUUGGCACAGCACCGGACCACAAGGCGCUACAGAGGGUGGUGAGUACGGCCCAGUACAUCACUCGGGGCAAGCUCCCUGCCAUUCAGGACCUCUAUACCAGGCGGUGUCAGAGGAAAGCUCCAACAAUUGUCAAAGACUCCAGCCAUCCAAGCCAUAGACUGUUUUCUCUGCUACUGCAUAGCAAGUGUUACCAGUGCACCAAGACUGGAACCAACAGGACCCUGAACAUAAGACUGCUAAAUAGCUGAUCAAAUGGCUACCCAGUCCGUCCCCUCGCCGGGCUCGAACCAGGGAUCCUCUGCACACACAGAAAACUGACACCGACGUAGCAUCGUUACCCAUCGCUCCACAAAAGCUGCGGCCCUAGCAGAGCAAGGGGAACCACUACUUCAAGGUCUCAGCGUGAGUGACGUCACCGAUUGAACCGCUAUUAGCGCGCACCACCGCUAACUAGCUAGCCAUUUCACAUCGGUUACAUAUACACAUACAUAACAUGCAUACUGAUGCCACACACACUCACCACAUACGCUGCUGCUACUGAUUCACAUGUGCUGGUGCUACAGCUCAGUCUAUUAUCUAUCAUGUUGCCUAGUCACUUUACCCUUAUCUAUGUGUACAUAGCUACCUCAAUUUCCUGGUAUCCCUGCACAUCGAAUCGGUGCUGGUACUCCCGGUAUAUAGCCAUGUUGUUUGUACUUGUUAUUCACAGUGUAUUUAUACCCUGUGUCACUAUUUCUAGUAAAAUAAAACAUCUUUAUCUUUAACGGUGCGGCAGGUAGCCUAGUGGUUAGAGCACUGGGCCAGUAACCGAAAAGUUGCUAGAUUCCAAACCCAGAACUGACAAGGUACAAAUCUGUCCUUCUGCCCCUGAACAAAGCAAUUAUCCCACUGUUCCUAGGCUGUCAUUGAAAAUAAGAAUGUGUCCUUAACUGACUUGUCUAGUUAAAUAAAGGUUCAAUCAAAUAAAAAAAUUAACUGCAUUGUUGAAAAAAAAAACCUUAAGUAAACAUUUCACUGUUAGUCUACACCUGUUGUUUACAAAGAACAUUUGAUUUGAAGCACUGUUUUGUUAUGAUUAUGAACGGUCCAAUAGCUAGCAACAAUGACAAGAAGCUGCCAUGUGGGGAAUCGUAGGUGGCUCAUUUCAGCAAGUUGUAUCUUGUUCUUAAUACCAUGUCUUGUUUUGCGGUGUUUUGACUUAUUUAAUGUCAAUGUUAAUAUGGCUCAAAUUCGCCAGCUAGCUAACCAACAACUGUAACAAUGUAUUUGAGAGAGAAUAAGUGCUCAUUGUGCAAAUGUAUUUAUGUUUUCAAUAAACAUUUGG